ACCACUACUAUUACUACUGCUGUUACUACUACUACUGUUGCUACUACUACUACUACUACUACUACUGCCACUACUAUUACUACUACUACUGGUGCUACUACUACUACUACUACUACUACUACUACUGCCACUACUAUUACUACUACUACUACUACUACUGGUGCUACUACUACUACUACUACUACUACUACUACUGCCACUACUAUUACUACUACUACUAUUACUACUACUACUACUACUACUGGUGCUACUACUACUACUACUACUACUACUACUACUACUGCCACUACUACUACUACUACUGUUACUACAACUACUACUACUGCUACUACUGUUGCUACUACUGUUGCUACUACUACUACUACUACUACUGUUACUACUACUACUACUACUACCACUGUUACUGCUACUACUACUACUACUGCUACUGCUACUACUACUGUUACUACUACUGUUACUACUACUACUACUACUGUUACUACUACUACUACUACUACUACCACUACUACUACUGUUACUACUACUACUGUUACUACUGUUACUACUACUGUUACUACUGUUACUACUACUACUAAUGUUACUACUACUACUGUUACUACUACUACUGUUACUACUACUACUGUUACUACUACUACUGUUACUACUACUACUACCGCUACUACCGUUACUACUGUUACUACUGCUACUACUGUUACUACUACUACUACUGUUACUACUGCUACUACUACUGUUACUACUACUACUGUUACUACUGCUACUGUUACUACUGUUACUACUACUACUGUUACUACUACUGUUACUACUGUUACUACUGCUACUGUUACUACUACUGUUACUACUGCUACUACUACUGUUACUACUACUACUGUUACUACUACUACUGUUACUACUGUUACUACUACUACUGUUACUACUACUACUGUUACUACUACUACUGUUACUACUACUACUGUUACUACUACUACUACUACUACUACUACUGUUCCUACUGCUACUGUUACUACUGCUACUGUUACUACUACUACUGUUACUACUACUACUGUUACUACUGUUACUACUACUACUGUUACUACUACUACUGUUACUACUACUACUGUUACUACUACUACUGUUACUACUGUUACUACUGCUACUGUUACUACUACUACUGUUACUACUGUUACCACUGUUACUACUGCUACUGUUACUACUACUACUGUUACUACUACUACUACUACUACUGUUACUACUGCUACUACUAAUACUUCUACUGUUACUACUGUUACUACUACUACUGUUACUACUACUACUGUUACUACUACUACUGUUACUACUACUACUGUUACUACUACUACUGUUACUACUGCUACUGUUACUACUACUACUGUUACUACUACUACUGUUACUACUGUUACCACUGUUACUACUGCUACUGUUACUACUACUACUGUUACUACUACUACUACUACUACUACUGUUCCUACUGCUACUGUUACUACUGCUACUGUUACUACUACUACUGUUACUGUUACUACUGUUACUACUACUGUUACUACUACUACUACUACUACUACUGCUACUGUUACUACUUUUACUACUACUGUUACUACUACUACUGUUACUACUACUGUUACUACUGCUACUACUACUACUGUUACUACUACUACUGUUACUACUACUACUGUUACUACUACUACUGUUACUACUGUUACUGUUACUACUACUACUGUUACUACUACUACUACUACUACUGUUACUACUAAUACUUCUACUGUUACUACUGUUACUACUGCUACUACUGUUACUACUGCUACUGUUACUACUACUACUGUUACUACUGCUACUACUGUUACUACUGCUACUGUUACUACUACUACUGUUACUACUACUACUGUUACUACUGUUACUACCACUACUGUUACUACUGUUACUACUGCUACUGUUACUACUACUACUGUU